CAACAAAACACAAACGACUCACGUCUCCUUCCUUCCUUCCCUUCUUCCUUCCCUUCCAGUUGAUCUCGCCGGCUGCUGCAGCGGCGAUGUCGGGUCUGUUAGCCCGGAGGUGCAGGGGCUCCAAGAUCAAGCUCCUCGCCGCCACCCUCCUCCCUCCAUCUUCCUCCAUUAACCCCCGCCCUCCUCCUCCCUCUCGGCCUGUCCUCCCCUCCUCUCGCCGCCAUCAUCAUCCCCAUGUCCAUCCUCCCCUCCGCUCGUUCCUUCCCCCGGCCUCCUCCUCGCCCUACUACUCCACCACCGCCUCUCCCUCCCCUUCCGACAAGCCUCCCCACCCGACCGCCUACCCCAGCCAAAACCCCGACUUCAAGCACCAGGAGAUCGAGGGCCCCACCGUCGAGCGCGACCUCUCUGCCCUGGCCAACGAGACCCGCCAGGUGCUCGAGGAUUUGAUGAAGACCCUCUACAGCUCCAGCAAGGCGAUCGCCGCUCUGGGUCUCGCCCAGCUCGCCCUCGGCGCUUGGAUCUCCUACCUCACCCGCUCCUCCCCCAUCUUCGAGGCCUCCCUCCUCGGCUGCGUCGCCUUCGGCUUCCCCUUCUCCCUCGCCUUCCUGCUCCGCCAGUGCGUCAAGCCCAUCUACUUCUUCUUCAAGAUGGAGCAGCUCGGCCGCCUCCAGAUCCUCACCCUCUCGCUCCAGGCUGCCAAGAGCUUGAACGUCUUCUUCGUCCGGGCUCGCGGGGUUUCCUAUUUUUGCGUUGCGGCUCUCUCCUUAGGUGUCUUGUUCACUUUGCUCUCCAAAUGACCCGCCCCCCCCUCUCUCUCUCUCUCUCUGUUUUGUUUUUCUUGGCAUCCUUUUCGUUUCCCUGGCUUCUCAUAUCUAUAUACACAGCACACGAUUCGUGGGUUUUUACCAAAUGGCUGGUCCUUCCCUCUUACAUAAUUUUGUGAGGAGUAAGAAGCGCCAGAGGUUUUUGGCUGUGUGGCCCCUGACUGCUGUGGAAACCAUAUAUAAGUUGCCCUCAAAAUCAAGUCCCUACUUGCAAUUGCGGGUUCAUUCUGUCGAAAUUGUAGCCUGUGAGAACUGCCUCCUCAAUAUGCUUUCUAAUAGAUGGUCUUUUUACUCUAUACUUACUUUAGCGUGCUGUGGUGAAAGUUGAAGAUGAUGACAAAUAUAUGGCUGCAUACAUUGUCCUAGCUUUUUUCUGUACAGUUUUGCUGGAUGUGGCAGCAUUAUGCUAGACUGGACAGAUUGCCUAACCGUUUUGCAUCCUCCCUAGACAUCCUAUUAGUUGCCCUCAUUGUAAAGUAGCAAGCUCUGGAUCAACCUUCGGCCAGUAGAUGUGGAUAAUCCAUAGGUAUUCAUUCGUCUCUGUUAGUAUUAGUAGUAGUGAGAUAUCAUAAGGUGCCUUAUGCAAUGGCUGCCUUUUUACCCGAUUACUCUUGUUAUCUCUGUGGGUGUUCCGCAAGGCUGGCAGAGGGCCAGUAUAUGUCCAAGUCUCCUCUGUCUCUCUUUAAUGAGUUAAGUUGCAGUGGCAACUUUCCAAAAGCAGAUGAAAACUGUUCAUCUAGGCUGGUAGAUUACAUUUCAUUGCGUGUUCAAUGGGAAGCACCUAGUCUUUGUUUUGAGUUCGCCCAGAAGUGGCAUUUGGCAAUACUCUCUCGAGUGACUGGAUAUGAUUGUGUAAGAGUAGAGGUUAAAGGUGGUUUGCCCGUCUGCUGGGCAUGCCCCUCAACUCUAAUGAUUGCUUGCUCUCCUUAUUGAAUUGUUCGUUGUAUGUAA